GACAAGUCUCUUUUUUCUAAGGUCACCAUGCCACUUUGCCUCCCGUAAGAACUGAAUAGAUUUAUACGAUACGGGGCUAGCAGAUCGCAGUGGAGUUAGAUCAGAUAUGGACUACGUAGAUGAUUUACAUACAGGAGCAGACAGAUUGGCGCUCUUUUUUAUGGCACACUAUUGAUUCAUAAUGUGGCAGCCCAAACAGUAGUAAUAUCAAGAGUAUCGAAGGACUGUUAUAGUAUUCCGUGUACAUUAACUGGCUAAUUGAUCUGGUAAGCGUUUCUGUCUAUGCUUUGGUAACCAACGUGCAUUCUCUUGACUUUUCGCCUGGUCUAUGACGCUCUUCGUUCUAGAAUUUGUCCUUUGCGCGUAGCGAUGCUGUGUAAAAACGUUGUCCACGCUCUCUAAGGGCGACUAGCAGGUGAUGAAAGAGAAAAGUUGCCUUCUCAACUGCGCCUACUCUACCUGCUACAACGGGGCCUGUAGCGGCGUUACAGCAGCCUGUAACGUCAACCACAGCCAUAGCAAUGACAGCUUUACCCUCGCACGAAAAAGCUAGAAACGGGAUAACUACAUAUAACACGUCCGUUGAUUUCAUCCGUAACCGAUAAGAGCCCAUCUUGCUCUCUCGAAGCAUUGCGCCCGGCGUCAUCAUCAACAUAGUUACUAGUUCGCGGAUGGCCGGCGCUGAUUUGAACUCCGACGGGAGGCCGUCGCCCAUCACAAGACUGACAGUUCUUGUCGACUUCGCAACGGCAGUAGUCGUACGAGUCUGAUCAAAAGCGAUUUCAGUUGCGUUAUUCAGUAGGGACGUGCACCUCAGCAAGUGACAAUCUAUUGUGCUGUAGCAGCUGACGUUCUAGCCGCGAGCGUUUCCUCAUCGUAUAUGUUAUCUGUGCUCAAAAAAGAAACUGUUACAUUUCGACGUCUGCUCCUGUUUGUUCGAUACUGCAUUCUUAUUUCUUUCUUGAAACAAACCAGAUCUGAACUGUGAUAGGAACAGGUGACUCUGGUGGAACGUCCUAGUUUUUCUCUCCAAUUGUUGCCAUCGAACAUUAACGACCUAAGAAAACCUCAUGGCUGUAAGGCGUUGCUCGUACGCCGGUAUGCAGCAACAGCAGCAGUUAAUAGGACCUGACGGUAUUAAGAGGGCCAUCACGGGAGUUUCAAAUAUCGACUCACUCUGGACAGCCAUCUAUAGCCAUCAGCAACAGCAAAAUCAUCGUUCACAGGGGCCAUCUCGCCGAGCAAGUCGGAGUAACGACGUUUCCGCUGAUAUCAUCUGCUCUCAGCAAUCCGUCCUCAACGCGAUGGACCGUUUUGUUAAGGCCGUGAACAAUAUGGACGCAACAGUCCUCGUUCCUAGCCGGUUGCGGGAUAUGGAGAUAACUGAAGCAGAUAAUACAGCUGGAGUUAUCGGUGCCGGAGUUAGUAAUCCUCCACGUCUUCAGGCUGACCUACACUCGUGCUUUGCGAUGCUGCACGAAGCCAAGAACGAACUGCUGUGGGGCACCGGUAAUCCAGCAGUACCUCACCUCUCCAACGGAGGCUUCAUGGGUCACCUGUCUAAUCUAGGGUCGUCAUCCCCAAACGCUGCCCUGCGCGUACCAUCGGUAACGAGUCAGCCGUCACAUAAGCGUCAGGCAAGCGACGGAUCGCUCGGCUCAGCUACGUCCUCCGAUCCGGAGACAGAUAAUGACUGCUCUUCUUUGUCCGAUUUCGCGGAUGCCCCUGCUCCCGAAGGAGGGUCCGAUAACACCACUGAAUCGGUAACAACCACCGCGGCUCUUUCGAGCGCGUUCCGUGUACACCUGCACGCCCUUCACGCGAUCUUGCAGCAAAUGGCCGAUUCGGCGGACUACCUUUCAAACCGAUAUCAGAACGAACUCGAGCCGAGCAAUGGCUCCAAAUGAAGCUAAGGCGUCGGAGAUGAACCAAAAAGAGCUUGGAGCAUUACUCUAAGGGAAAUACCUUAAAUUAGUUUAAUUAUAUUAUUAGUUUAUAUUGACAAUUACUAUAGGGAUAUUAUAAUGAAAAUCAUACUCCAUUGAGGAUUUCACUACAUAUAAUAAUAAAAGGACAAGUUCCAUUGACAUAUGUAUUAUAUGAGCUCAUACAUGGAUAUAUUUAUAACGAAUAGGUAAGAUAUUUGUAAAGCGUUGGAUAGAGCAAAAAUUAUACUUUCGCUUAUAAUUCUAUGAUCAACUGCAACGGGUAUCUAAAGAAUCAAAACUAUAUUUUAUACUCUCCUCAUAAUUAUCUGCCGCACUUUUAUAAGCGUUACCUUAUACGAUACCUUUCACUAUCGUUAUUCUGAAGCGUACGAUGCAAUAUCUGGGUCGCCCCAACCUAAUUUUGCGAAAAUUGUUAACUUGACAAAUGUUAAAAAAGAUACCAAGCGAAUGAAAUACAGUUAGUAAAAACAACUGAUUAUUCGUUUUUUUCCUGUUUUAUUCUGUUCACCUAAGGCAUAACUGCUAGGUAAGAUCGUCUUUGUAAGCAAAAGUGCGGUAGGGGCUUAAUGGCAGAGGAUAUUGUUGGCAAUAUUAGCUAGUUUAGGCAAAUAACGAUAAUAAUAAAGUACCACAAACACACGCACCGAUGCACCCACGCGAUCAUAUCGAAAAAACAGCGCAAAACCCUUUCUUUGGGGGCUGCCACAAAAUUCCUAUCUGUUACUUACACUAAGCAAAUAUAUUAAUAUUUGUUUAGUGUAAAUUGAAUUUCAAGUAUAACCCUGACCGGAUGUAUGUGUCCGACCGCUUUGAAUCAAGAGAUGCUGCCUGCUUUUAAUAGAAGCAUACUGAGCUGGUUUUGAACGUAUUUUUGGACGAAGUCUGGUUUUAUCUGCUUUCAAAUAGAAAUUGUUCGGUUGUACUGUUUUGGUAUCAUUAGUUCUGCACUAAAGUCACUGGUUUCAGCUGUUAUGUUUGGCGCCGCUGCGGUGCUCGCUCGCUCGCGUGCACACAUUUACAUGCCGAUACGCGUAUUCCCACACACACACAAACACAUACACACGCCUGUAAAUAUAAUUAUACAUAUUUAGAUUCAAUAAAUCGUCAAGGAGUUAUUUUAGCUA